AUGACAUCAAAAGUUGCAAUGGUAGCAGUGCAGGGCAAAAUUCCUCGUCAAGCCAGAGAGCGCAUUUUCGCCGCCAAACGUCAAGAUACAACAUGCCGGCAAACCCAGUUCCAGUGCGCUAACGGGAUAUGCAUUGCGCUACGAUGGAAGUGCGACAACGACAAUGAUUGUGGGGAUGAUUCCGAUGAAGAAAAUUGUCCCUCCGAAUGUGUUGGUGAACACGUGUUCAAGUGUCAUAACGCCCGUUGCAUCCCCUUGGAUUUUCAGUGCGAUGGUGACAACGACUGCCAUGAUAACUCCGACGAAACAGGCUGUGAAAAGAGGGUGUGUCCACCCGGCGAGGUGGCGUGUAACAAUUUCGUCUGCAUCAAGGACACCUGGGUGUGCGACGGCAACAACGACUGUGGGGAUUUUUCUGACGAGCUUCACUGCAGCGGCACGUGCAGCUCUGAACAUUUCCGGUGCGCCGACGGCUCUCGUUGCAUCGACGCUGGCUGGAGGUGCGACGGCGACGAUGAUUGCAGCGAUGCAAGCGACGAACUGACUGCCUGUGAGUGCAACGCGACCACCCACUUCCGGUGCCAGAACGGACGCUGCAUUCCACGACGCUGGAAGUGUGACCGUUACAACGACUGUGGCGAUGCUUCUGACGAAACUGGCUGUCCAACACUACAUCCAAGUCAGUGUUAUGAUGUGUUCUUGACAUCAGAAUGCGCGCUGCUGAACAGCACCUACCCACCCAUCUGUCUGGAUCACGUGAUGAGCUACAAGUUUUGUCGCAACUUUUGCGGACAUUGCGAGGGCAGCGCAGACGACCUGACCUGGCCUUUUCGUGGUCCUCUGCUAGGACUGGGGUUCUUGCGUCCUUGAACUCUCCCAUGCGG